AAGGCAGCGCUCGCUCGACGAUGAUUGCUCACCGUCUCUUUCACGCUCCGGAGGGCACAAGCACGGGAAGAAUAGUAUUUCUUCUCGUCAGUGGACAACCAAUUCUAACAAGUGCUCCCACACUGGACUAAGUGCGACCCCACGGCGAGAAUACCGUAGCGUCUUCGCCCUGCUCAUUCUACACUGAGGUCACUAUAAAACCGGGACGGGACCAUCCAAAAUCCAAACUUGCAAAGCGAAAGAAGCCGCAAUGGCCUUGACAGCCAUCACUGCUGUGCCUGGCCUCUUGUUCAUAAUUCUCAGCAUCCUCUCGUCGAACAAGGCUGCAGGCAUCGAUGACGAGCGUCAGGUACUUCCACUGGCAUCCUUUUGCAUAUAUUUACGACUUGUUCUUUUUUUGCAGAUCUAUAUCGUCUAUCUCGGUGGAAAAGGCAGUCGCCAGAGUUUGGAGCUGGUCCAAAGACACAGCAAGAUUCUCGCAUCUGUCACAAGCAGAGAAGUAGAGUCCCCUGAGAUCGUGUACAGCUACAAGCAUGGAUUUGAUGGAUUUGCUGCCAGGAUGACCGCUAAGCAGGCAAAAGCCAUAGCAGGCAAGCCAUCGCAAAAAGCUCUUCUCCCGGAUGAUUCAAUUCUCCUGCUUGGCUCUGGUCAUAAUUACAGGACUGCCGGACGUGGUCAGUGUGUUCCCGAGCAAAACUCUGCAGCUGCAUACAACACGGUCCUGGAAAUUCCUGGAGACUUUUUCGACGGGGCUCUUGUACUCCAGAAGCAAACUUGGAGAGGGGGCCGAUGUCAUUGUUGGCGUGCUGGACACAGGUACAGAGUUGAAAGAAGAGCCUGGGAAUUGAUACCUCUUCCUGCUUCAGGUAUAUGGCCAGAGUCUGCAAGUUUCAGCGACGAUGGAAUGUCAUCUCCUCCCAGCCGAUGGAAAGGAUUCUGCAAUAACACCGGUGUGAAUUCCACGCAGGCCGUGAAUUGCAACAACAAGAUCAUCGGAGCUCGCUUCUACAACGCCGAGAGCGCCAGAGAUGACGAAGGCCACGGAUCACACACCGCAUCCACCGCGGGUGGCAGCGUCGUCUCCAACGCGAGCAUGGAGGGUGUUGCCAGUGGAACAGCCAGGGGUGGACUCCCAUCCGCCAGGCUCGCAGUGUAUAAAGUGUGUGGGAGCGUCGGCUGCUUCGUGUCAGACAUCCUCAAGGCCUUUGAUGACGCUAUGAACGACGGGGUGGAUCUCCUAUCACUUUCGCUUGGUGGCUCGCCGGAUAGCUACGACGAGGAUGGCAUCGCGAUUGGAGCCUUCCAUGCCAUCCAGCACAACAUCACUGUCGUUUGCUCUGCUGGGAAUUCUGGUCCCGACGAAUCGUCCGUCUCCAACGCGGCCCCUUGGAUUGUCACGGUCGGAGCAAGCACCAUUGACAGGUCCAUUUCGUCCGACAUCUAUCUCCGAGAUGGAAAAACUCUUCGGGGAACGGCCUUGAGCUUUCAAGCUCAGAAGAAACCACCUUACAGCCUCGUCCUUGGCUCUUCAAUUCCUGCUAACAAAUCUAUCCGGGCCUCAGCAGCCAGCUCCUGUGAUCCAGACAGUCUAAAUGCCAAGCAAGUCAAGAACAAGAUCGUCGUCUGCCAGUUCGACCCCAACUAUGCUUCCAGGAGAACAAUUGUGACAUGGUUGCAGCAGAACAAGGCCGCUGGCGCCAUUCUCAUCAACGACUUCUACGCAGAUCUCGCUAGCUACUUCCCCUUGCCUACGACCAUCGUGAAAAAAGCCGUGGGAGACCAGCUGCUAUCCUACAUGAACAGCACCACCACGCCAGUCGCUACACUAACACCGACGGUGGCAGAAACUAACAAUCCAGCUCCAGUAGUUGCCGGAUUCUCUUCGAGAGGUCCAAACUCCAUCGGCCAGGAUAUAAUCAAGCCCGAUGUUACUGCUCCAGGAGUGAACAUCCUUGCGGCCUGGUCGGAGAUCGCUCCAGCAUAUUAUGAGAACUACGACACGGCCAAGCCCGUGUAUGUCAAGUAUAACAUCAUCUCUGGAACCUCCAUGUCGUGUCCUCACGUCACGGGAGCAUUGGCCAUGCUCAAGUCUGCGUAUCCCUCUUGGAGUCCUGCGGCUCUAAGAUCGGCGAUCAUGACCACAGCGACAACUCAAGACGACGAGAAAGAAGGCAUACUCGACUAUGAUGGAAGCCUGAGCAAUCCAUUUGGUUAUGGCGCCGGCCAGAUCGAUCCCUCGAGAUCUCUAAGUCCAGGACUGGUCUACGACACAACACCCUCCGACUACGUCGCUUACCUCUGUGCCACUGGCUACAGUGAGAGCAAAGUCAGGAUGAUCACAGGAAGCAAGAACACGACUUGCUCCAAGAAGAAUUCCAACCUCAACUAUCCUUCCAUCGCCUUCCCGAGCUUGAGCGGCACGCAGACCACCACCAGGUACCUGACGAGCGUGGAUUCUUCGUCCUCCUCCUCGACUUACAAAGUAACAGUCAAGACACCAUCGACGCUAAGCGUGAAAGUGGAGCCAACCACGCUCACAUUCUCCCCAGGAGCAACGCUCUCCUUCACAGUCACUGUUUCGAGCAGCUCCAACGGUAAAAGCUGGCAGUUUGGAUCCAUAGCUUGGACGGAUGGGCGGCAUACGGUGUCCAGCCCCGUUGCUGUGAAGACCAAGGCUUGAUCAUUCUUAUCGAGCUCGAACAAAGUAGACAAAAGAAGGUAAAGGUGACACAAGAGAAAAUGGAACCGUGGUCUCGAGACAAAUGUGACAGCCAAUGCAAGCUUUGAACAGGGAGCAAGCCGCCAAAUGUUUGCUCGUGAUCUUCCUUGCCAGUGUCGUCCAGUUAAUUGUCUUCACGUCGACUAUAAAAACGAAGCUCUCACUCCAUACUUU